AUCACUGGGUUAAAUUUUGAAGGCGAAAUUAUAACAGAACCUACGAACAGUACAAAUGAUAGCAUUGGCAUGGAACAGAGCAUUUCUGCAGCAACAUCACCAAUGAAGCUAGGAGGUUCUGAAUCACAUCCGACAGAUGGUUGGGAAUUAGAUGAUUUUGAAUGGAGCAAUAAUGAUGGAUGGGAUGACGAUUGGGAUACUUCAAGACCAUCACCAACAACUUCAACUAGAUCCGUAAGCCCGAUUCAAAAAUUGACGCCUUCUAUCGUUGUUUCUAAAGAAGAUAAAGCAGCAGAACUUAGCAAGAAAAGAGAAGAAAGGCGACAGGAUGUCAAUGUUGAAGGAAAAAAAGAAAAAAACUUCA